AUGCAGAAUGCUCGUCAAGUGCAAGCGAAUGCAGUAAGUUCCCGUAGAAAGUCCUUGGAUCCCCUUUCCGAUGGUACAGAUCGCUCAGACGAUUCUUUUGAAAAGAGUCACCGUCGGUCCCUGACUUAUCUUUCAGAAUUCUCGGCAUCCAUCUUUAGUAGUGAAGCAAAGAGAAAAUCUCUAAAUCGUCGCUCUUCGACUACCCAAGCACAGACCGAAGAAGCUAUAAAAGCCCAACGGUGUUCUCGAUCAGGCCACCGAUAUUCUCACUCUGAUACUCGAAAAGGUUUGCCACUUACACCAAAUGAACAUAGGUUCAAUGACGCUGAUGGGUAUUUUUCAAGCUCAUAUUUUGGCGAAUAUCAGCAGCACCCGCAAGCUCACAAUUCGCUUCAAAAAACCGGGUCUACCGAUCAUGUUAGCAUAGACGAUAUUGAUCGUGCAGUUGCUAUAAGUCCGGGUGACACUACUAUAGCUGGACCUCCUCUGUUAAAGACUCCUAGUCACAUAAGCCGCCCCCCUUUGCAACUUGAACGCAGCUUCAAUAAAGGUUUGUUUCAGGCUAAGAGCUUUCGUACAGAUGAAACUUUAGUCACACCUCCUGGAUCGGCCUCAUCUACUAUAGUUGAAAAUGCGGAUCUUAACUCAUUAGAUAGCUUGAAAGUUAAUGGAUAUCCUUCGCACCCUUUAAUCAAAGAACAGUCUUUAUUGUCACCGAAACCGAGGGAUGGUUAUCUCAAGCCUUAUAUUUCUGACGUUGAAACACAGAUAACGCAACAGCAUGAGCCAAGAAGACGCGAAGGUAGCUUUCGUAGUCGGCGUGACAGUCUCGGUUUAUAUUUUUCAACCAGUGAAGAACCCUUUGAAGACGAGGAUGAGGAUGAGGAAUCCGAGACAUCAGCGCAUUAUUGGGGACAAUCCUUUCUUUCAAUCCCAUCCUUCAUCGAUAAUGAUUUGACGAUUAAUCCUAAGAAUAAAGAACGUUUUGAAUGGCAAUAUAUGCUGAAUUCUGUUCUUACGAGUGAUAUUGUGAAAAUUGAAAAACUUCGUUUUCGGAAAAUCGCUUCUUCACAAAAAGACGAUAAUAGUAACUACUCUGAGAGUUUGUGGUUAGAAAUUUGUUGUUGGCUUACCCAUCGCUCUAUUGAUCAUCAGAAAGAAGAUUUUAAACAUAUGCGAGCGGGUAUGAUAGAUUUACUGCUAGAAAUACUGAAUUUUCGUUGGGAGGAGGAUCAUCAAGGAUCACCGAUAGAGGCUGUUAAUCGAUUAUUAAAUAAACUAGAAAAAUAUGAAAGGUUAUAUCCGUCACGAAGGGCAAUUCUUGCGGAUCAUAGUCUUUACGCCUCCGAGUCGUUCCAACAUAAACUCGACGUCCUUACCGCUUAUUCUAAUAGUAUACAUGCAUUACUCUUACAAAUUAACAUUUUACGUAACUGGGUUGGAAAUGACGAUCUGGAUAUCACUAGAAGAAAAUCCAACUUAUCGAACAAUUCGGCACAAAUUUCUGAUGGCCCUUUUGUUGAACGAUUGUGCCGUGAAUGCGGAUUAAUUCGUUCUUUCGAAGUUAAGAUCAUGGUAGAUAUGAAUUUUGUCCUUACAAAGAUAAGUAAUACUUUGGUAACUUAUCGGGAAGAAUUGAAACAGUGCAAUCUUCCGCAUUAUGUGGAUGAGUAUAUGCGUUUGGUAUCCUUUCCAUCUAAACUAAUUAAGGAAAUUUUAAGCUUACGCUUGUCUUAUGCUGAAAGUAUUAUGAAUGUAUCGCCAUUUACUAUAGACUCUCUUCUUUAUGACCUACGAAGCGCAAUGAGCUUAGCUGUCGAUAUUAUGCAGCAACAUGCCAUACUUGUUGACCAAAUUAGCAAUGAUCAUUUAACUUCAGAUGAAAGCCAAACAUUAAAUGAUGUUUUGGUGACAUCGCUCAAAGUAUACUUCGACCUACUGAAACGAAAAGUCAAUAAUGGGUGUGCUUUACAUUAUUUUAAGGAAACUGAAGUUUUGGAAGACGAAUGGGAGUUUUUAUCGAGCAUAUGCCCUUUUAUUCAAAAUGGAUAUCAACUAAUGACAAAAAAUUUGACGAGGUUUGUGAGUGACAUACUGGUUAAUAUUAAUCAGUACUUGAACGAUCAAUUGGAAGAACCGGAUUUGACAACCCCCUCAAUGAUCACUUCCUUUUAUAUGAAGACCCUUGAUUGUGUCCGAAUACGUUUCAGGAAGUUAAUGAACUUUGCUCGAACUUUGAAGUCUUGUAUGGAAAAUUCAAGUGAAUACAUUAUUCGCGAAGAUGCAUUGCCAGUUUUAAUUCAGCGGUUAUGUGAAUCAAAUCACGUAUUGACAUAUACUGCAAGUAUCGAACACGAAGGUGCAUAUGUCAUUGUCCCUGGUCAACUGGAGAAUUCCCCGAACGUGCUACGUGAGGUUCUGUCUAUGACUUUUAAUCAAAAGCGCUUGCAUUACGAGGGAAUGAUUCCAUAUGUAAUUGUAGUCUCCCCGAAUACCUCUAUAUAUUGGUCAGGACGUGUAAUGGAUCUGGACGUUCCUGAAGUUUCAAUAUCUAUAGCUCCUAAUCGUGUGAGAUUGGUCACUGCGGUUACUGGAGAUCAGCUAUCUAUAGCUCAGGAAAUAUUUAGUGAGUUGGUUGGUGAUACUGUCAAGUUAGAAAACCCGUCCAAAGCGAAUUCUUCUCUCGUCAAUAAAGAAAUGACAAGGACGAAGAAGCAUGCACUUAAGCUAGCAUUAUCUUUACUCGAUGCCAUUCAUUUAAUUCGAAUUAAUUAUCAUGGUCGGAAUUGUCAAAAUCUGAUUCAUUACUCUUUUUCAUAUGCUAUCGAAUUUGCUCAACGUUUAAUGAGACUUUCGAUUUUGGACCCAUCAAGUUUGGGACCAAUAAGAAGAAGGAUGAUUAUGCUAGCUAUUAGUUGGGUUGGGUUUAUUUACGAUGACUGUUCUCCCACUGACCGAAACACAUUCCGAUGGACGGUAACAGCAUUAGAGUUUGCAAUGAUUAUGACCUAUGGUUCGAAUAUAUUAAUGAUUGACAGAAAAUCAUUUGAAGAAUUAAGAGACAAAGUCGGAAAGUGUAUGGCUCUCUUACUUUUACACUUUAAUGUAAUGGGUUCUUAUAACACUGUGGAGAAUCAGGGAGCAGAUAUGCCUGCUCGUUUAAUUAAGCACAAUACCAGGCAGACGAAAUUUAAUGAUGAAGAAUGUAGUAACUUCGUGAAAGAAGAGGUAAUGCGGCACAUUUCCGAACUUGAAGCUCGUCGCAGGGAAUUCCUAACGCAUUCACAAUUGAUUGGGCGCGUUCUAGACGAUAAUAGUGAAGAGAAUAGACUGCUUAAGGAACUUGCGUCCGCGAAAUCGAAUAUCACUAUUCGAUGGCAGCAAGGCGAAGUCAUUGGAAGUGGCUCUUUUGGUAGUGUCUAUCGAGCUGUAAACUUAGAUACUGGUGAUUUGAUGGCGGUGAAGACAGUCGCUCUUCAUAAACCACGGAUUUCAAGAUCAUUGAUUAAACGGAUCAAAGGUGAAAUGAUUAUUUUGGAAUUACUUGAUCAUCCAAACAUAGUGUAUUACUACGGAAUUGAGGUUCACCGUGAAAAAAUAAACAUAUUUAUGGAGCUAUAUCAAGGGUCAACUCUUGCCGAAUUUUUGCGUUAUGGAAGAAUAGAAGAUGAACUGGUUAUUCAAGUCUAUGUUUUGCAGUUACUCGAAGGAUUGGCUUACAUACAUUCAUGCGGUGUUUCUCACCAAGAUGUCAAACCUGAAAAUAUACUUUUUGACGACAAUGGUGUUAUGAAGUUCACUGAUUUCGGAUCAGCAAAGAUUUCAGUUCCAACCGCGUCAAAAGUAUAUGAACAAUUGACGUUACAAGAAAAAGAAGAAUAUGAAAAGGAGUUUCCUGAAAAUCCUACGGCAUCAAGAUUCCAUAGAGAUAAUACUCUAACUGGAUCUCCUAUGUAUAUGGCACCUGAACUAUUGCUUGGUACGAAUACGGAUAAAGUAGGCGCGAUGGAUAUAUGGUCGUUGGGUUGUGUUAUUGUAGAAAUGGCUACUGGUUCUCCUCCUUGGCCAAAACUGGAUAAUCGCUUUUCGCUUAUGUUGUAUAUAUCGGCUCUAAAUCCUCCGAUCAUACCACAAGAUGAUCAACUAUCACCGAUGGGUCAAAAAUUUCUCAAGCGGUGCCUAACCACGGAACCAGAGAAACGGGCUACGGCAACGGAUUUGCUUAUGGAUCCCUGGCUUUAUGCACUCAGGGUUGGUACAGAGUUCGAUCUAUUAAACAAUUCCACGAAAUUGAAAGAGGAGUCCUAUUCCAAUAGCGCAAUCCCGAUGGAGCUUUAG